AUGAAGAAACGUGACGCCUUGAUGGUAGCUGCAACGUUGAUCGCAGGAAUGGCUUUCCAAGCUGCAGUUAAUCCUCCCGGUGGUGUUUGGGGUGAAGAAAAAGUCGCCGGUAAUGGUAAAAAGAUGUUAGCUGGAACCUCCGUAAUGGCCCACAACUAUCCUGAAGGGUAUCGACUGUUCAUGACAUGCAACGCGGUGUCCUUCGUUGCUUCACUAAGCAUAGUCUUUCUGGUUGUGAGUGGGGUACCUUUCGUGAAGAGAGGGAUCUUGAUGUGGCUUCUAAUGAUUAUCAUGUGGAUAACAUUAACAUUCAUGGCUCUCACCUACAUGUUUUCUAUACUGGCCAUUGCACCCACAAAUGAUGACACCGAAGCCAUGUCACCCACAAUAGCCAUGUCACCCACAAAUAAUGACACCGAAGCCAUGUCACUGGGACACAAGGUGCCUCGUAUCACUUCCAUGGUUCGGGUUUCAUUGGAGGUGUGGUUAGUUCUGCUUGCCUUUGUUGCGUUGGUUCACAUUAUCCGCUUCCUCAUAUGGUGCGUGCGGAAAGUAGUACGGUGUGUGCGGAAAGUGGGAAAAGCUAUCAUAAUGUAAGCGGCAAGCAAUUGUUGUGAAUAAGGGGCCCAUUAUUUA